AUGUUCAUGUGUGACAUUGCCUCUGCCGGUACGUCCACCGUUGCCUCCGCCGUUGCCUCCACCACUGCCUCCUUCAUUGACUUCACCAUUGCCUUCGCUGUAGCCUCCGCCAUUGCCGCCACCGUAGCCCACAGCGUUUCCGCCACGGUAGCUUUCGCCCUUGCCUCCGAAGUUGCCUCUGCCGUAGCCUCUGCUGUUACCUCCGCCAUAGCCGCCACCGUAUUUUCCACCGUAGCCUCCGUUAUUUACGCCACUAUCACCUCCGCCGUUUCCACCUCGGUCGCCACCACCAUUUCCGUCACCGUAGUCUCUGUCGUAUUCACCACCAUAUCGGCCGCCGUUGUCCCCAUCGUAUCUGCCACGGUUGCCUCCACCAUCUCCGCCACCGUAUCCUCGACGAUUGCCUCCACUGUUGCCUCCGCCGUAUCCACCACUGCCACGGCGUCCACCAUAACCUCCGUAGUUGCCUCCGCGAUAGCCCCCUCUUCCACCGUUGCCAUCCCCACCGAAGCACCACCCGCUUUGGCACCUACGAUCCGCGACUUCAUCCAAGAGCAAGUAUCUCAAGCCAUUCCUCCAGCCCGUGAACCGACGCCAGUCACUGCACCUCUCACUCCUCGUCUCUCUACAGCCAACGUAAUAGAAGUGUCUGUCGAAGGACUCGCCGUCCUGGCACUUGGAAAGGUCUAG